AGACUCUAUGGUCUAAGUAAAGUAAAGAUCUAAAAUCUAAAGUAGGUAUUCUAAAGUAAAGAUAGAUCACCGUCAUAGACAUAACUAGAUCUAUGGAUCUAGAGUAAUCUAGACUGUAUUGAUGAUUUAAUUUAAUCGAACAACAUAUUUUGAAACUGAAAAAUAAAUCAGGAAAAGAUGAAAACAGCAAAAGAAACAAUGCACAGGUUCUUGUUGAAACUUUCCAUCCUGCCAACUAUUAUUGCUAUUGGGGCCAUUUCUUACACUUACAUUGUACAGUUUCAUGAGCAAGCUUCACCACAACCACAGGACUUCUAUUCAGUUGUAUUUGAUGCAGGGAGCACAGGAUCUCGAGUCACUGUGUUUCAUUUCCUGAAGCCUGAAGGGAAAGACCAAGACAGUCGAGUGAUAUUAGACAAGGAAGUGUUUCAUUCUGUACAACCUGGAAUAUCAUUCUAUGCAAACAAGCCAAGUGAUGCAGCUGUGAGCCUGACAUCAUUAAUGAACACGGCUAUCAAAAAUGUUCCUGAAAGCUAUUAUAAUGACACUUCAAUUAAUUUUAAAGCUACAGCUGGUCUGCGGCUUUUACCAGAGGAUAAAGCUCUUGCUAUUUUACAUGAAGUCAAAUAUUUUCUAAAGAGAUCUCCAUUUCUUAUAUCUGACCUAGACAAAGUCACAGUCAUGAGUGGAGUUGAGGAAGGUUUAUUUGCUUGGGUGUCAGUACACUUUUUACUUGAUUUAAUUUGGGAUGACACCAUUGAUAAUUCAGUGACUACUUUUGAUCUCGGUGGAGGAUCCACACAAAUUACUUUUGAGGUUUCUAAAAAGGAAUUGUUCAAACAUUUUGAUGAAGAAGAUUUGUACAAACUGACAUUUGGUCAAGACCUUCACUUUAACAUCUUCACUAAAAGCUAUCUUGGCUUUGGACUCAAGUCUGCACGUCUUGGUGUUCUUGGGGGACAAGAAGGACACAAUGGACAAAUCACUUAUGAUCCAGUGAAAACCAAGAGAUCACCUUCAGGAGAUAUCCAAAUGCUGACACCUUGCUUGCAUACCCAACAACAAUACAAUUUUACUCAUGGAGACAAAGUUUAUCUUGUCAAGGGUACUAAUGAAAACCAUGACCUGUUAGCUGAGUGUCAGAAAGUUGUACACAAAUUUGUUGACACUGCCAAAUUUGUUCAAAGUGAAGAGCUGAGUAGAAGGGAUAUAAAUCUUUUCUCUUAUUUUUUUGAUGUGGCCCGAUGGGCUAAGCUGAUUCCUUGGAAAGACAGUCAUGAAGUGCUUCAGGUUCAAGAUUAUUUAAUGGCUGCUCAAAAGUAUUGUUUGGUAGAGAACAUGAAUCACAAACAUCCUUAUCUGUCUAUAGAUUGUUUGGUAGAGAACAUGAAUCACAAACAUCCUUAUUUGUCUAUAGAUUGUUUGGUAGAGAACAUGAAUCACAAACAUCCUUAUUUGUCUAUAGAUUGUUUGGUAGAGAACAUGAAUCACAAACAUCCUUAUUUGUCUAUAGAUUGUUUGGUAGAGAACAUGAAUCACAAACAUCCUUAUUUGUCUAUAGAUUGUUUGGUAGAGAACAUGAAUCACAAACAUCCUUAUCUGUGUAUAGAUCUCUUGUAUGUACAUUCACUGUUGACUGUUGGCAUUGGAUUACAUCCAGAGAAACUCUUACAUGUUGAAACAAAGAUAAGAGGAAAAGAAGUCAGCUGGAGUGUUGGUGCUGCACUUUCCAAUGAGUUCACAUACUCCAAACUUUUGUGAUGUGGAACAAAUAGUGAGGGUGAUAUCAACCUGCCUUCCAUCAAUGAAAGGGAGAUAACCAUACAAAUUAUUUGCAAGACUAUUUCAUCUGAAUUAUAUUACGGGUAAAAUGUCAUGUAUGUAUCUUGCAAUAUAUUUUAAAAUAACCUUCUUUCCCAGUGUUUGUUCAAAUUGAAUGUGCCAACAGAAAGACUAGAGGAUCAAAUAUUUGUUUUGAUUAUUUUAUUUUGUGUACAUUUUUAUUGUACACUAUUCAACACUUCCUUUUUUAAAUGAAAACUUUCCCAAUGGUGUCUUACAUGUCCAUCUCUAUUUUGUGUUUGUUUUGUUUUUCAAGAUUCUUUUUUUUUUUCUGCUCAAUGUUAAGUGAAUGUUUUUCUUAACUCAGAAUUUUUAAUUUUCCAUAAACGCACACUGUAUAAUUUGACAAUGAAUGGCCUGCAUUGGAUUUGGAUAGCUUUUUUUUUUUUUUGUCAGGAUUAAUUUCUUGAGUAAAUAAUUUAGUGGGUUCAAGAAUAUUUAGUUAGUGGAUGGGUUCAAGCGUAUUUAGGUAGUGGAUGGGUUCAGGCAUAUUUAGGUAGUGGAUGGGUUCAAGCAUAUUUAGGUAGUGGUGACCCAACAAAAUAGCACAAAAUUAUAUAUGAUGUAUAUAAAAGUAAUAGAUUUUAGUAAUUGAAGGCCCUGGGCAUCAUAUUUUAUUGAGGUUUCUAUCUUCUUGAAUAUUAAUAGAUCUAAAAUUAUGCCAUAUUUUCAGAGAAAGAAGAGUAUUUUAAAUUAUUUUCUCAUUCUCCUUUUUCACCAAUAUUGAAAAUGCAUAACUUUCUUUAAAAAAUUAUGAUUUUGAAAUGCGGUGAUCACUUUCAAGGUUUAGGUAUGAUGAUGUUUGUGUUACACGUGUUAUAUUAUAAUUAGAAAUUUUGAUUAUCUGCUGCAUCUCUAUUUGAUCAAACCAGGGCAUUACUUGCCGCAACAUUGGCAAACUAAGUGUGUCAGGAUUAGUUAAGCUAGCAUUCACUUUUCUUAUCUUGCCAAAUGUUUGUUUAAUCGUCUUUGUUCCACCUUCCAAUGUAAAUACUGCUUUCGAAGAAGUAAAUGAUGCUUGGCCAGAGGCUCAAGGUAAUUUGUAAAUGAGUUCAAUGAUUGGUAACAUUAAAAUAGAAAAAUAUUGGUUGUAUUCAUAGUUUACAAUAUCUAAAGUAUUUCUUGCAAAAUGACGGGAAAAUAUUUUUUAUGCGCUAUUUUGUCGGGAAACAUGGUUGAGAAGCUAAGUACGCUUGAACUUGGCUACCUAUGAAGAAGGCUCGAGAUUCGACACCUGACUCGAGCAGAGUUGUAUUUACUGAGCGCCCAAAGGCAGAACGGAAAACUUUCUCCCAGAUACCCCCUUCCCCCCACUGGUCCACAAACAAGAUUGAAACAUAGCACUCUGAGCAUGCUAUAAGCAUGAAAGUAGAGCUAUAUAAAAGCUAUAAUUUAUUUAGUAGAGUGGUUGAAGUACAUUUAGAUAGAGAAUGGUUCAAGUAUAUUUAAGUAGGAGAAUGGUUGAAGUACAUUUAGGUAGGAGAAUGGUUGAAGUACAUUUAGGUAGGAGAAUGGUUGAAGUAUAUUUAGGUAGGAGAAAUGUUGAAGUACAUUUAGGUAGGAGAAAUGUUGAAGUACAUUUAGGUAGGAGAAUGGUUCAAGUACAUUUAGGUAGGAGAAUGGUUGAAGUACAUUUAGGUAGGAAAAUGGUUGAAGUACAUUUAGGUAGGAGAAAUGUUGAAGUACAUUUAGGUAGGAGAAAUGUUGAAGUACAUUUAGGUAGGAGAAAUGUUGAAGUACAUUUAGGUAGGAGAAAUGUUGAAGUACAUUUAGGUAGGAGAAAUGUUGAAGUACAUUUAGGUAGGAGAAUGGUUCAAGUACAUUUAGGUAGGAGAAUGGUUGAAGUACAUUUAGGUAGGAAAAUGGUUGAAGUACAUUUAGGUAGGAGAAAUGUUGAAGUACAUUUAGGUAGGAGAAAUGUUGAAGUACAUUUAGGUAGGAGAAAUGUUGAAGUACAUUUAGGUAGAAGAAAUGUUGAAGUACAUUUAGGUAGGAGAAAUGUUGAAGUACAUUUAGGUAGGAGAAAUGUUGAAGUACAUUUAGGUAGGAGAAUGGUUCAAGUACAUUUAGGUAGGAGAAAUGUUGAAGUACAUUUAGGUAGGAGAAAUGUUGAAGUACAUUUAGGUAGGAGAAUGGUUCAAGUACAUUUAGGUAGGAGAAAUGUUGAAGUAUAUCUAAGAAGUUGAUGAGAUGGUUGUUAUGCUGGCCACACAAUGCCAUUGAAACUCUCUAUUCAACACUUUUUUGGAUGAUAGGAAAACUAUUUUGUUUUCAUCACACAGAAUUGACUGGACCAGAAAGCUUCCAUUUUAAACAAAUUCAAUUCUCCAUAAGCCAUCAGCAAAUAGGAAAUGUCCCAUUUAACUUAUAUAUUUUCUUAACUUUUACAGAAAACUUGUGAAAAAACUGUCAUCUGUGUCAUCUAGUAAUUAGGUUUUACUUGUGUGUGCCAAGUUUGUUUUAAAGAAAUGACCAAUCUUUUUGUGUUCACAAAAAUCAAAAAAACAAUUUUCUUAAUGUAAAAUGUACAGCACAAAUCUCUCAUGCAAUGGUACUCAGUCAUAUCAUUAUUUAUUUAUGUUGGUUAUGGUCCUAUUCAGAGUGUGAACAAACUUUAUUUAUUUAGAAAUGUGCUUUAAAUUAAAAAAAAAAAAUUGUCAUUACAAUUCUAGUCAGGUUUGUGAUACCUACAAAAAGGGUCAAAUGUGAUUGACUAAUGAUGUCAUUGAAGAAACACAAGUGCUAUGUCAUAUCAUAUGUCUUGUCUGGUUUAAGAAACCAUAUUUGAUGCCAUUUUGUUGAUAUACAAGUCUCAUAUAUAUAAAUAAAAUUUACCAUCAUUAUGGGAAUUUUUUUUGUAUCUAUAUAUUUUUACCAAUGUUUUAGGAUAAUCUAUAAAAAAAUUUGUAUUUAUCUGCUUUUUAACAUCACAGAAAAUCCAUUUUGAGCUUCUAGCUUCUACAUGUGUAUUAUUUGUUGACUCCAUUUGUCAAUAUGUUCAUGUAUCAGCUUCUGUUACUUGACAAUUUGUUUUAUUUCACCAUGAACUCCUCCACAGAAAACUUUUGCAUGUUGUUUGUUGAGAUCAAAGAUCUAUUAAAAUUACUUUCCAGCCUUAA